GACAGUGCUCCGAGUCGGAGGUCCCCUCCCCGCCUCGCACCGCCCCGUCACACUCCCUUACCCCUACCAACCACCGGGAUACGAAAACAGAGAGAGAGACGAACGGCGGCCGGAGGAGACUGGCGCGGAUGGCGCGGCGCGGGCGCGUGGAGCUGCGGCGGAUCGAGGACCGGACGAGCCGGCAGGUGCGCUUCUCCAAGCGCCGCUCGGGGCUCUUCAAGAAGGCGUUCGAGCUGUCGGUCCUCUGCGACGCCGAGGUCGCGCUGCUCGUCUUCUCCCCCGCCGGCAGGCUCUACGAGUACGCCUCCUCCAGCAUAGAAGGCACAUAUGAUCGCUAUCAGAGAUUUGCGGGGGCUGGAACGAACGUGAAUGGAGGCGAUGCAAGUAGCAACAAUGAUGGUGAUCCUUCAAACAUACAGUCAACACUUAAAGAGAUCGCCUCCUGGUCUAUUCAAAACAAUGCUGAUGACUCAGAUGCUAAUAAGCUAGAGAAACUGGAGAAAUUGCUGACAGAUGCUUUGAGGGAUACAAAAUCCAAGAAGGUGCACUUCAAUGGCUCUACUGACACCUGUAAUCAGAUGUUGGCGCAACAAAAUAGCGGUGCAAGCACUAGGAGUGGCGAGAACUCCAAGCGAGGAAGGAGUUGAGAGCAGUCAUGUGCUGUGUCUACAUUUGGUACAAGCAAAGCUCUGUUGCUGAUGCAACACUCUUCCCCAGUUACUGGGCAUGAAAGAGUUGUCAGGGCUGCUGCUUGUAAGGCGUAUGGCAGUAAGGGCAAAUUCAAUAAAAGGGUGGUGGGUUGAUACUAAUAAUUCAAUAAUAUGUUGUUUUACCUUGUGCCUUGUUCAGACUGUAUGUGAACCUAUCAAUCUAUUGUCAUCCUUCACUAGUCCUGCCGUAUGGAACCGAAUGGUCUCCCUCAUAAAAAUAAAAUUUCAACUGAACGGGAAAUCAGUUUAUGCGGAUACACUUUAUAACCUAA